UUCAUCGCUCAUUUCGUUUCAAGUCGUUGACCUGUUCGGUUGUGUUGUUGCUCGCUCUCUCUCGUCGUUGAAAUCCACGCGGAUUUUUUUCACAACAAGAGAUUCCGCCAUUAUUGUGACGACGUUCGAUACCGGCGCGUGAACCCGUUCUGAAAAUGCCUCCGAAAAAGAAGGCCGCCGUGAAGGGACCGUUUUUCUUCUUCAUGCUGGAGUUCCGAGCCCGCCAGCAGGCCAAAGGUCAGCAGUUUCCCGGGGGGAUGGAGCAGGUUAUGCGCGAGGCUGGACCGCACUGGGACAAGCUGGACGACGAAAUGCGCGAAGUUUACAAGGACAAGGCCAAGGCGUACAAAAAGCUGCCGAAGCAAAAUUACGGUGAGAAAUACACGGCGCAGGGAAUUCCGUACUCGGUGGUCGAAAAGGAACAGCGCGAACGGGCCGCCAAGGUAGAGCUCAUCCGGAACUCGAUUGCGGAGCGCAUUCAGACUGCGUGCGUCCGGAAUGAGCUUGAAGCGAUGAAGGUUUACUUCAUCGCUUUCAACCACUUUUGCAAAACAACUUCAAACGUUUACGUUCCGGCCGAAAUGGCCCUGGCAAAGUACAGUUUGGAGAACGGUGUGAUGGCCAAGAUGCACGAGUACAUCAACCCGCAGAAGAUUCCGCUGGGUCUCGCACUGGACGCGAUCACCUGGUCGGAGGAAACGCACCGCCUUCCGGUUCCGCCGGAUUCCAAAGGCGAAACCGACUUUUCCGUUCUGCUCGAGAAGCUGCUCAACUUUAUCGAUUUUGAGGAGGAGAAAAAGUGCAAGAAUUUCCUACUGUUCACCGACGCUAAGGAUGUCGGCGAGACCGAGAACAUCCUUAGCCAAUUCACGGAGGACUCCAAGAUACUGUUCCCGUUUUUGGUGUGUCCGUUGGGCGAGUUCUUCUACCAGCUUAAGGUUGCCACCGAACGGUACGGGCUGGGUCUGGACAAGCCAAACUUCCCGGGCCGAACGAUCGCCGAUGUUCUGCUGAAAAAGGAUCCGUACGAGUACACGGGCGGAAUAUCCUGCGACUUCCACGAGGAUCUGGGAAAUCCACGCUAUUGCGCGCUUUCUCGCGUAAUCCGUUGGGCGUACAUGAUCUCGGACAACUGCUGCCUGGACCUGAACAUCGAAGUCAUCUCCGGCCAGCACUUGCCAGCCAACGCAGACACAACGCUCUGCACCGAUAUGACCCAAAGCGAUUCCAAGUCGUUCGUUUCCUCGUCCGACCUCACCCACGUCUCGCUGCCGAAAAUCCUCAAGCAAGGACGCUCGAAGAGCCCCUUCCGCAACAUGGACGACAUCAACGGGUCCGUCAUCUACAGUUCCCGCGGAGGAACCGUCAAAGACUGCGACCAAAAGAGCGUCGCCUCGGACAAACUCAACGAAACGAACCCAUUCUACGCCGCCCUCAAGGCCCGUCCUGGUCCGUCGUCCUCAGCUCUGGACACCAAGAGUUUCAAUCCGUUCAGUCGGCAGGCCCAGCUGGACGAAACGCGUCAACCGCGUGAUGUUGGCGUCGUUGGACAUGGUCGCGGAGCCCUGCUCUCCGGACUGAGGGGCAAAUCUGCGUUGGCCGGCGGCGGUGGUGGUUUUGCGUCGCAGAGUGAAGUGUCUUCGUCGGUUGGAGGUGGCUGCGAUUCGUCGGUUAAGUUUAGCGAUUGCGACGAUGAUUAGAGAACGUAUUGAGAAGCUAUUGAAACGAUUAUCGAGCCGUUUGAUAAUUGCAGAUGAAUUUACCUAUUGACCUCGAUUUAAAAGGCUGAUCGAGCAUAAAGCUAAUUAAAAACUUGGCAAACAUAUUUACUUUGCCAGAUACUGUUUGAGCUGGAUUUGAACUAAGUUCGAUUUGUAUUACAGUGUAUUGAAUAAAUUACAUUCCGA